AUGCGAGUUGAAUAUUCUUUUCUUAAAAUAUUUAUACCUUGGGUUUGUGAGGGUACCAUAACAGAAGAUAUGAUGUGUAUAGAAAACUGUUGUCUUUCUUGUCCAUAUACCAAUAAUUUUUAUCCCGCUGGUGAAUUGGAAGCUGCUUAUAAAAUAUUUUCAAUUUUUGGAAUGAUAACAUUUUUCGCAACGGGUGGAGCUUGUGCACUUGCUUGUUGUUCGGCGAUGUUAAUGAUACAUUUACAUUUGAUUACAGUCUGGAAUUCGGAUUUUGUAAUUCGUAAUAUACGAUAUUUCAACAUUUCAAUCCUUUUUGCCUCUUUAGCGGCAUCUUUGAUACCUUUAUUAAUGAACAUAAUAGAAUCAGAUCAUAUUUGUUUCAUCAAUAGUCAGGAUACAACCAUAAGUGCUCGGAAAACCUCUAAUAAAGCUAAACAUUCUUCUGCAUAUACCUUUUUUUUUGCGAAAAACAUAAUAACUGUACAAUGGCGGUCAUUAUUGGGUGCAUUACUCAUGUUAAUUGUAUACAUUAUAAAUUGGGUCUAUUAUAUUAAUGCUCCAAGUGCAAUUUCAUCGGGAAUGAGAUGGUCAAUGGAUUGGUUUGAAUGUCUCCAAAAAAAUAAUUCAAAUGAUUCCCAAAAUAUUUGUGCUUAUCUUAUGAAACCAUAUGUUCCUCCAUUUAGUUGGACUAUAACUUUAUUAUUUUUUAAUCGUUUCCUUGGUAUAUUGAUCUUCAUUAUAUUUGCUGUAAAAAAAUGUAUUUUCUUGGAAAUGUGGAAUGUUAUUAGUCGAAAGCCUGUUAAUGAACGUGAAGUGUGUUUUGAUGGAAAAACACUUAAAAAUGUUAAAUCUAACUCAUCUCUAACCAGGACACCUACAAACGAGCUAACAAAAAAUUCAACGGUGGUCUAA